UCUCUCUCCUCCAAGGAUCGAAAGAAGCGAGAAAAAUCAUUAAUUAAGAAAGGGUUACCUAUUCCUGGUAAAGAUUUCGAGUGGCCACCACAAGUGGUACCUGUAGCAGAGGAACCUAUACAAGAACCAGAGCCAGAACCCAUCCCUGAACCCGUUCCUCAGGAAGCCGCAGAGCCAGAGGUAAUUCCUGAACCGAUUACCGAAGAACCAGUUGACGAUAGUUGGGGCAUCUGGGCUCCUCCAAAGGAUAAGAAGAAGUCCAAGAAGAGUAAGGAACCUCCACCACCGGCGCCUACUCCACCUUCUCUGGGAUUAUCGCCUGAACCCGACGCGUUUGACAGUAUACCAGAGGAGCCUCUCUGGGAUGACUUUAGCACAGGGCUUUCCAAAGAGAAGAGUUUUGUUACGGAAGAAAAGCCGUCGAAGCCAGCCAGAGGGUUCUGGGCAAGCUUUGGAGCAGCUGCGAUGGGAAUGCCUAAGGCCACUAAAAAGAAGUCGGCAGACAAGCCAAAAUCCGCCGAGCAAAUGAAAGAGCCGGAGCCCCAGCCCGAGGAUGAUCUGCUUAUUGACGUAGGGGAUGUGCCGAGAGAGGCUGGUGCGGCUGACGCGGCUGACGCGCCAGUCGCAGAAGUCGCAGAACCUCAGCCAUCCGCGCCGCCAACAAAGACACCUGUUGUCACCUCAAAGACCAAGUCAUCAACCAAGAACUCUGUCGCAGAGCGCAUUAAGGCCCUUGAAGAGAAAAAGAAAGAAAAGUCCAAGGGAAAGUCGGCAGAAAAAUCAAAGGCGAAGGAGGUGCCGCCACCAGCAGAGGAUCCUUGGGAGCCUCCGCAGGAGCCUGCGCCGGAGCCAGAACCCGAACCCGAACCGGUCAUAGAGAGAAGGAUCUUACGAGACACCGUACCAGGAAGCUUUCCAGACGCUUUUGACGACGAAUUCGAUGACCUCCCACCUCCUGCCCCAGAACCACCAGCAGAGCCGGAAAUACAGCCGGAGCCGGAGCCGGAGCCUCAACCUGAACCAGAACCAGAAAGGCAGCCAGAAGUCGAGCCUGAGCCAGUAGUAUUGUCCAAAAAGGUCAAGAAGAAAGACAAAAAGAAAGCAAAGACUGUUGUUCCCGAGCCUCAGCCGCCUGCUCCAGAGCCUCCGGCACCCGAACUACCAGCAGAGCCAGAACCUGCGCCGGAGCCCGCGCCACUAGAAGAGGUUGUGCCUGCGGCUGAGCCUGAGCCAGAACCAGCUCCUGAACCAGCGCCCAUACUACUACCCAAAGCGGAAAAGAAAAAGAAGAAGGCUAAGGCUGUUGAGCCGCAACCCGUACCAGAACCCGCACCAGAACCCGAACCAGAGCCGGUACCCUCACCCAAAGUCGAAAAGAAGAAAAAGAAGGCUAAGGCGGUUGAGCCCCAACCUGUACCCGAACCAGAGCCAGCUCCAGAAUCCGUGCGAGCGCUUGAUCCCGAACCUGAACCCGAGCCUGCCCCUGUCAAUGUGCCGGAGCCUGAGCCCGAGCCAGCGUUUGAGCCCGCUGAGCCGCCUGCCCCAGAGCCUGAGAAGCCCAUGAAGAAAGUCAGGAAAAGUAGAAGGUCAGUGCCAGUUCCAGAACCACCACCAGCUCCUCCUGCAGAAGGCCCAGUGGCCGAUGCUCCAGAGGAAGCUGCUGGGGGUCAUCCGACACCGCCACCCGAACCAGUUGCACCGGAGCGAGGAGCAAGGAAGGAACGCCCACGCGUUGAACGUGCUCCUGGUAGCACGUCUUGGGAUAUGUGGGGUGCGGCAGCCCCGCCGAGGAGAUCGGAUCAUAGGGAAGAGAAGUAUAGAAGAAGGGAGCAGUCACCAUCGGGAAUGGGAAGAUCAAAGUCCACUAGGCACUCAAGGCCACGGGAACCAGAGGAUGAGGUAGAGAGAUCGCUGGAACCCGAGGAGGACAGGCAACGGGAACCUGCACACGGUCGGGGUGCGGCAUUCUCGAAUUUCAUUUUCGGCGCACCACCGCCGCCUACCAGAACAAAGUCUAGCAGGAGACAUGGCGAGUACCCUCCAAGGCACACGUCACGGCGCCCGCCUGUGGAUACGGAUGACACUGGAUUCCCAUCGCCGCCACCGGAUGAGCAGUUGGAGAUGCCUGAUAAGGCUGCCCGCAUGAUGGGUGCUCCUCCAUCUGGGUCAAGACGGGAGAGACCGCGUGGCACGCGGAAGAGAUCCAGUGCUCGUGAUCCAUAUGCUAUCGACGACGAAGACAUCGUCAUGGUCAAUGGGGAUGAUGCCGACGGCGAGCCCAAGGCUCCCUCUAGAGAGUCGCGACAUUCAGAACGACGGUCGAGGAAGAAGUCCCGAUCACGGCAGGGAGACCUCCAGGAGGAUGCUGUCAUGGUCGAUGCAGACCCAGCCCAGCAAAGUCCAGACAUUGUUUCGGGACCCGAUGACAUGGCAUUUGUGGAGGCUCCGCGGGAACGGCGUUUAAGACGAUCAAAUACCGCGCCUAAGAAACAAGAGACUGGCGGUCUCAUGGGGUUGAUCGGAACAUUGCGUCAACACAUUCGCCCUGAGCUCCCUGAACGUCAAAAGUCAAGGCCUUACCGGGACGAGGAUGCCCGGUACAUGACGGAGCCAGAGCGAGAAGACGCUCGGCGCCAGAGACGGGAAGAGAGGAGAAGUCGUGCAAUGAGACCGGACCCUGACCGUGAGGGCUAUGCUACCGAUGCUGGGCCGGCAAUGGUUGUCCCAGAAAUUCAGAUAGAAGAUGUCGAUGCUAGGAGAGAGGCGCGCAGAGCACGACGCACUUCUCGACAAGGCGACGUCGAUCCGUAUCGAGAUGCCGAGUUCCAAGAAGCCGAAGAACGCCGAGCAAGACGACGGGAAAGGCAAAGGGCCCGCGAGCGCGAGAUGCAAGAAAUGCAACUCCGAGAGGAAGAAGAGAGAGCACAGCGACGCCGAGAGGAGAAGAUGGCUCGCCGGGCUGCUCGUGAAGAGCGCCGUGCGCGGGAGGAGCAAGAAGCCCGAGAGGCGGAAGCUCAGGCACAGGAAGCCCGAGAAGCGGAGGCCCGCGAAGCCAAGGCUGCCGAACGCCGUGAACGGAGGCGGCAGCAAAGGGGGGCAGGAAUGUACGAGAACCCUGGCUACGACCCAAGAUCUAGAAAGCGGCACUCGCAUAUGGAUGAUAGAGCCGCUAGGGACUUCUACAUGCAGGGCGGUGACCCGGACAGAACCUAUCGUUCUCAUCGUCAGGAAGACGACAGUGAACACGCUAGACGCCGAAGGUCCAGGGCGCCAGAGGAGAUGAGACCUACCCCGAUGAUGCCUGGACAACGCAAAGAUAAGACCUCUUCUUGGGUGAAUUCCCAAGCAAGUGACCCCCCGGAACCACCGCCGGUUGUGCCAACUAUGUUGGACAUGCCGCCUGGUCCGGGAGAGCCCAUGGAUGGGGCGCAUUCAAUCUCAUCGGACGAGGAGGCCCGACGCGACCUACGCCGGAAGGCAAGAAGACGGGCCCGAUACCCCGGACUUACCGAUCAGGAGAUUGAAGAGGUGCGCGCUAGGAAACAUGCGGCUCGGAGGUCUGAGAGAGGACAGAAGAGCAGCUCUGGUAGUGCAGACCACGAGCGAGACCAUGGAAUGAGAUAUGACCGCUACGACCAACCACCUCCUAGCUCCGGAGGGAAGCUGCCCAACUGGUUUAAAAAACUUACCAGCUUUUAAGGGUAUGCUUCACAAGAGAGACCCUGCUUGAUGAGCAGGGCCAUAUUCGACAGCGAGACGUGAUGCCAGAAGAUUGCUCUUUUGCAUUCGAUGAUUGGAAUGAUGCAAUGACUAUACACCAGAAAUGUUGGAAAUGAACCUUGAUAUUGAGCUUGCAUGCGUUGAUGAUCAGCACCCUUUUGUUUACGAAAUUGUCUCUUGACUGAGAUUAUGUACACCUGAUGCAUGUAUGAUAACUGAUGAGAAUAACCGAAGACCUCUUCUUGAUGAGUUAACGUCAAUGAAAAGAAAAAGAAAAAUAUAAUUGUUCAUGAUCUAUAAUACAGACCCUCCAUGUGCUCUAAUCGUUUACCCACCUUCACAAAACUUCACCCUCAUCAGUUUCCUUCCUCCUCUUCUCCAAAUACAUCC